CGAACCGAUUCUCGACAAGUGAAAGGCCGGUUCGAUUCCUUUCACAAGAUAGAGUAGCGAGAGUAGAGUUUGACACCGGUGCAGGGUCCGAGCAAGGGUGUGUUUGUGUGGGCUAAAUUGAGCGCUCGGGGCCUGUUAGGGGCCGCCGUGCAAGGUCGGGCCAGCUGAGCGCGGGUCGUUGGGCGCAGAGGCAUGUCGGCUGGCAAGGGCAAAGGAAGGGAGGAUGAUGAAGUCGUUCGCUUGACCGAAGAAAUCUCGUCCAUCGAAGAUCAAAUCAAGUCCUUGCAAGAUCUUAAGAAGUCCGUUGUGGCGCAGAGAGAGCGCAGGCUCAGCAAUCGCCCGUCGACGGCUUCCGGACCGAGCUUGCCAGGGUCUGCGAUUCCAGCGACAUCGAGUCUGGUCGACUAUACCAGGAACAGCUUCGAUUGGAGCGAUGAAUUGCUGCCUAGAGCCAAAGCCACCUGGGGCAUCGAAUCGUUUCGGUCCUGCCAGGAAGCCGUCUGCAAUGCAGCCCUCGAUGGCCGAGACGUCGUCUGCGUUAUGCCGACUGGGGGCGGAAAAAGCCUGUGCUACCAGCUGCCUGCCAUCUUGAGCGUCGGCCUCACCCUCGUGGUCUCACCGUUGAUCUCGCUCUCGACCGACCAGUGCUGGCACCUCCGCGAGGCGAACAUUGCGUGCGAGAUGAUGCACAGUGGAAAUACGAGGGAAGAAUCCACGAAUAUCCUCCAGCGGGUCAAGAUGGCUGGUACCUCUCCAAAAGACCGCAUCAAAGUGCUGUUCGUCACACCGGAACGGGUCGUAAAGUCGAAGACUCUGCUUGCCUCUCUACAGAAGUGCUACGAACGAGACCAGCUGGCGCGCAUCGUCAUUGAUGAAGCACAUUGCUGCAGUCAGAUGGGCCAUGACUUUCGACCAGACUACAAAAAGCUGGCCAUCCUACGCAAGAUCUACCCGGGUGUGCCAAUCAUGUGCCUCUCGGCAACGCUCUCUCCGAGGGUGCUUGGGGACGUGCGUAAUAUCCUCGGCCUCCCACCCACCGUCGAUCCAAUCCACGCCAUGCCCAACAAGACUGUUUAUUUCACAGCUCCGCUGCACCGGCCUAACAUGCACUACAAGGUUCUAAACAGGCCGAGUCUGGCAAAAGAUGCCAAUGAAGCAAUUGCAAAGUGGAUAGAGGAGCACCACGCAGGUCACAGCGGCAUCGUGUAUGCGCUGAGCAGGAGCGACACGCAAAAAAUGGCUGACGCCCUCAACGAGAUCAGUCAAGGCCGUAUUCGGGCGGGCGUGUACCAUGCCGAUCUUGAGGACGCCGAAAAGAAGCGCAUUCAUCAUCAUUGGCGCGACGGCAGAAUCAAGGUCGUCGUGGCAACGAUAGCUUUCGGCAUGGGCAUCGACAAGGGUGAUGUUCGCUUUGUGCUCCAUGCCUGCAUCAGCAAGUCGAUCGACAGCUACUAUCAAGAAACUGGUCGAGCUGGCAGAGACGGUCAAGAUGCAGACUGUGUACUGUUCUACCGCCCCGCUGAUGAGGCCAGAAUCAGUGGUAUGGUGGCUGGCGAGCCAACAGGGCAAGAGAAACUACGCUCGAUGCUGAGCUACGCUCAGAGCACACGAUGCCGCAAAUGCCUCUUCGGCGACUAUUUCGAAGACCGCUUCGGAAACGACGGUGCUUGUGGUACAUGUGACAAUUGCACCUCCCCACUCGAGGAGCAGGAUUUGACGUUGGAAGCCUGGAAGACGAUCAAGGUCAUGGAAGAAGUGUACGACGAAGGAGGUCGGAUCACAUUGGCAGGCCUCGCAGAUCUCGUCCGUGGACUCGGCGGAGGCCAGUAUACAGUCGUCGAUUCGACCGUCAAGAAGCGGGCCAAGGAUCGAAAGGGCGCGAAAGCCAAGCAAAGUGGAUUCGUCGAUCUGGAUGCGACGUGUGGGGGCAAGGUUGUUCUGAGCAAAGAUAACACCGAGCGAAUGUGCAUCGAGCUCCUCCUCAAAAAUCUCCUUGCCGACGAAUUUAACGCCACGGCCUAUUCAGUCAACGUCUACGUACGACCAGGACGCGAUGCGCUGCGCUUGUCUCGUCUCUCUCUCGACGAGGUGCAAACCAAAUCAAAUAUGGUCAAGGUGACAGUGACUGACAAGAAGAAAGGAGCCGGUACGAAGCGUACAAAAAGAGCAGGCCCGUCUUCGAGGUCUGGUGCGGAGAAGGAAGAGGAUGACGUAGAGGCAGAGGAGGAGGUGCAGCUCAACCAUAAACGAUCACGAAAGUCUGGUGCUGACCCUGCGCCGGGUAGCAACGACGUCAAAGAGGGAGAAGAAGCGGAAGAAGAUGGCUGGCAGGUGCUGCACACGACUCGGACAGCCAUGUCAGACCCCAUAGAGAUUGACAGUGAUUAGGAGUAGCAAAGUUAGACGGACGAAUCAUCACACCCAUGUAGCCAUAGUCACAGAGCCAUCUAUCACACCAAGAUUACGUAAG